AUGGCGUCACAAAGUCAUCCUCAGCAGCUACGGGUAGCCAUCGUUGGGGCAGGUAUUGGCGGUCUGAUGCUGACCCAGGCGCUUCGACAUAUGGACAAGGAGAAGAAACUCGACGUCCGAGUCUAUGAGGCUGCCCCCGCCCUCGCCGAGAUCGGUGCUGGCAUCAAUCUAUGGCUUCGUAGCUGGGACAUAUUGAAACGCAUCGACCUGGAGGAAACGCUGUUGAAGAUGAUGACAGAGCCUCCAACAGAGAAGACGCGACUCGUAUUUCAACUCAGAAAAAGCGAUCAAGAAGAAGGCGUGCACAUGAGCGAUUUGUGGAUGAAAGGAGGUACCAUGCGGUUCCACCGCGCCGAGCUCCAGCUUUCCCUGAUGUCUUUGGUCGGAGACGUCGUCCAGCUCAACCGGCGCUUGAUCGGGUAUUCUGAAUACGAGAACCACGUCGAGCUCGAGUUUGCGGAUGGCUCCUUUGUGAAUUGCGACGUGCUUAUUGCCGCAGACGGAAUAAAGUCUGCUGUGCGCAAGCAAUUCUUGAAGAGUGUCCGGAAGGGGUUGUCGGUUGGGGAGUCGGGCUGCGAUCCUGUGUGGUCUGGAAGCCUGGCGUACCGAGGUCUUCUGUCCCAUGAGGCCAUCGAGAAGCAGUUCCCUGGUCAUCGAGCGAAGUCGAGAGCAGUCAUCCACUUGGUUGUAUACCCUUUGUCCAAUGGGAAGUAUACCAACGUGGUUUGUUUCAUUACCGACCCCUCUGGAGAAGGUAUCGAAUACACGGGACCGGCUCCGUCUCGUGCGUCACAGGAUGAAUUGAAAGGACAGUACGAUGGAUGGGAGCCCGAGGUUCAGGCAUUGUUGAACUGCAUAGAGUCACCAACGAAAUGGGUGAUCAAUAACCUCAAUCCGAUAGAGAGGUUCGCCGCCCAUCGCGUGUUCCUCGCUGGCGACGCUGCUCACGCAAUGACCCCUCAUCAGGGUGCCGGCGCUGGGCAAGCUAUCGAAGACGCCUACAUACUGGCCUCGUUGCUCACGGACCCAUCUUGCAGGGGUCGACAAUCAAUUCCCAAGAUUGCUGAAGUCUACAACACAAUCCGAUGUCCAGCCGCCAACGCUAUUCUCCUUGCUUCUCGCGAUCAGGGAAAGUGGUGUGAACUUGACCACCCUGGCUUAGCAGACUUCAAGGAAGGGGAUCAAGUCCCAAAUGAACUGUUGGACAAGGUGUUCUCGGACAUCAGCGAAGCAUGGGAGUGGGUGUGGACGAGCAGUGCGGAGGACGACAGAAAGAAAGCGGUUGAGCUUCUGAAUGGAAAAAGGGAAGAGGGGAGCUGCAGCGUCAUGUAG